CAAGUUGAUUGAAUAAAAUAAAGAACGUGGAAUAUAAUAUGGAUGCAGUUCCUUGAGCACCGUUUCUUCCAAAGUGUGUAUUCUGCAGAUUGUUGGCCUGAAUGAUUGACAAGCAGCAUACACAAGACUAAUAUCAAGAAAACUUUCUGUCUGUUGCUGCUGUGUUUGACAAAAGUGGUGCAGAGUCACGUCUUCUGAAAUGCAGUUAAAAAAAAUGAGGGAAAUUUUACCAAGAUUGUACCCCGGCCAAGUUAGUGAUAAAAAUGAUUCCUUGACUACAUCCCCAAAGCAAUCUUCUGAGGAUAAAACAAAUCCAUCAAAAGGGAAUGAUGAUCAAAACUUGUGUUUUCAAGGGACUGAGGCUGAGAAUAAUAAGUUGUCACUGAUAAGCUGUAUAAAAUGCAGAAGUGUUCAGAAAAUUUUAAUGCAAGAUACAGAAAAGCAUAAGAAGCUUGGGUGGACUGAAGACAAAAAUUUCAUCUGCAACAAGUGCAGUCAUAUUACACCACCAGCUUUCCAUUUUGUUCCUGAGUGCGUGAAUAGUGUAGAUGUCAAAAAACGUGAAAAAAAAUCCCCAAGUAAAACCCAGAAAACAUUUAAAGUUAAAAACUUUCUGCCAGGUAAAUACUACUGUGAUAAAUGUAGAUUUUCAACAAAGGAUCCUUUGCAGUAUAAAAAGCACGUAGGUCAACAUGAAGAAAUUAAAUUUAUCUGUUCCCACUGUAGUUACGUGUCCUACACCAAAGGAGAAUUCCAGAGGCAUUUGGUGAAACACACCGGAACUUUUCCUUAUCAGUGUGAGUACUGUGAAUAUGGUGCUGUUAGACAUGACUAUAUAGUAAAACAUACAAGAAGAGUACAUGAAACACCCACAAAACGGCUGUCAAAUACUAUCAUAAACCACAAGCAAAAGAAGCUGAGUCAAAGCACUUUCUUUGAAAAGCAGACAUACAGUAACAGUCCUUUUCAGAAUGACCUUUCAAAUUCAUCUUCAAAUAUCGUUUGUGAGAUUCCACAUAAAGUAACUAAACCAGUCUGUUUGUCUCACAAUGUAGACUGUAGCGUAAACACAGCAUCAGUCCAAGGUAAAACCACAUUGGAGCCAUCUGAAAUAAGUGUGUGUGAGAAUCAGAGUGUUGAAGUUGAGGUUUAUUCUCCAAAAACAGAGCCUUUACAACCUGGGAUGCCUUUAACAGUAAUUGCACCAUCUGAACUUGUAGUUCCUUCUAACUGUUUAGCUCAGGUAGUAGAGAUUAAGAUAGUGAAUGGAGCACAACAGCUGGUCCUUAAACUAAUUCCUAUGAAAGAAGCAACUUACAAACCUGUGAAUGGUGCUGAAGAGGAACUUGAAAAUCAAGGUAUAGAACGAUCUGCAGAAGGAAAAAAAAAAUCUGUAUCUCAAAAUGAGUUACUAACCAUGGAAGUGAAUGUAGACAAAUUAUCCAGUGUUAGUAACCAGCUUAAUUUGGAUAGUACAUAUGACAAGAAUUCUGAAUGUCUUUGUUUUUCUGGUUCUCAAGUCUUAGACUGUAACUCUGUAUCUAUACAGAGGGAAGAUGCAUCAAAAUUCUGCUUCCAUUUGGUGAAAGGUAUUGAUGUCCAUUCGGGUGUUAUAGAACUUUGUUCUCCGUCUUUGGUGAUGAAUAGUACUGAAAAAAAAAGUGAUCUUAAGUCCUCAAGGUGGGAAGUAGAUGGAAAAAAUAACUUACAUUAUGACUCGUAUUGUUACGAAGAAGGUGCGGAUAUGCCUCCUCCAAAAUAUGCUGCUGUUUCUGAAGAGAAAAAUUCCAAGAACACUUCAGUAAAGGCCACUCAGGAGGGAAAAAAUUCCUCUUCUGCAGUCCGUAAACAAAAGGAUGCAUUGCCUCUAAAGAGGGAUGACAGAGAAUAUAGGAGUCUGCCAGUCAGCUCUACAGAAACACAUUUAGCUGGUAAGGGUUUUGAUAAAAACUCUGUUACACCUUCUGAAGCAGGAAAAAAGUUUAAUAUCACUAAAACUCCACCUUGUGAGGACAUGACUUUUGGCUUUAGUAAAGUAAAGAGACCUGAAACCAUAAGUCAGAAGAACAAUCUUCUUCUGGAAUCAUUAGAACUACAGACAAUGGAAAAUAAAGACAACCCUUUUGAGGGACCUGUUAUUUCAUCUGUAUUUUCUCUUAGCUCUGGGGCUGAAAACGUUCCAGAGGGUGUCAGAUGGGAUGACACAACAUGCAAUAAGAAGUCUGCAACAUUGCUGUGUAGAAAGAUUGCUCAGCUCAUGUCUGCUGCUGAAUCUAACAUCAAAUCCAUGCCUCUGAGAUGUCAAGCUUCUACUAAAAAGGUGCUUUUCCCUCAAGAAAAUUCAGCUAACUCUCAGAGAGUUGUUCCUGCCACUGAAGUGGAACAGUGUGCAUCUUUGUCUCAAGUGCAUGGUGGAAGCAGUGUGAUUAGUAGUGAAGAACACAGUAAUGAUCAGUUGCUUACAUUUGCAAGAACAUCUAAAAGCAGGGUAACUAAAAAUUCCCAUGUUGCUACUCCAGUGUUUAUCCCCAAAGGGACAAUGCUGAGAGUGCUGAAUGCUGCUAGCAGUCAAAAAUCAAAUGGCAUAGAAAACAGGAGUGAAACAUCAGCUCCUUCUGUGUAUUGCAAUGAAAUGUUUCUGCCUCGUCCAGUUCCUGUCAGUGUUUCUGAGACUCUUAGCAGUAAUUUGCCAUGUUUACGUAAUCAGAGUGAACUGAAUGCUCAGUCCCAAAGUGUAUCACUCAGGCAAAGACCAAAGCGAGAGGCAAGUGUUAAAAAUAAUAGCAAACAAACUGGUGUCCCAUUUCAGAAAACCAGUGAUGUGAGUAAGCAAAGCAAACCCUAUUCAAAAAGUCACCUAGGUUCCAAAAACAAGGUGAAACAAGCAAGCUUCAGGGAACUUCCUAAGAGGAAGACGAGAACUCAGUCGGAAACCAGUUCAAGUUCUGACAUGUCGUAUCUGUUGACAGCAAGACGUCUUCGGCUUGUCCCUCUGCGAAUGAAUCAGUUGAUAAAAUGCCCUCGUCGUAACCAGCCAGUUGUGGUACUAAACCAUCCUGAUGUUGACUCGCCAGAGAUAAUCAAUGUCAUGAAGACUAUCAACAAAUAUAAAGGUCAAGUUCUGAAAGUAGUUCUAUCAGAAAGGACAAGUAGUUGUCUUGGUGUCAAACGUUAUCGAAAGCGUCUUACUCUUCAAAAUGUUGAGACAGGAAACCAAGCAAAAAAGCAGAGUAUGCUAAAAAUGAAACUUAAAAAGACCAAUAAAAACAACUACCAGGUGGUGGAAACUUCACCAUCUGAAACACUUCAGUGUAUGUUUAAAUGUUGGUUUUGUGGACGAGUAUAUAUGGACCAAGAAGAAUGGAUAAGUCAUGGACAGAGGCACUUGAUAGAGGCAACCAAGGGUUGGGAUGUUCUUUCUUUUCCAGCAAAAAAGCAUUAA